AUGCAUAGCGUAGACGUCGACUCGCUUGAUGUUUUAUCAUUAGGUGAAAUAUGCAAUGCAAAUUGGUGUUUAUGGGAUCCUACUUGUUUGCUAAAUGAUGGCUCUUUAUUUUGUUGCUGUGGAGCAAGCACUUAUAUUAUAACUCCAGCAAACAUUGUGAAACCUUUGGAUUCUUCUAAAUAUAGCCAUGAAUCUGGUCUUGUAGCAGUCAAUGAUUUUGUGUAUAUGUUUGGGGGCCAAAGUAAUAUUUCAGCAAAAUUUUCAUUAAAAUCAGAAAAUUGAAAAGCACUUGCUCAGUAUCCAGUGGCGAAUAACUUAUUCAUUUCUUGUGCGCAUUUUAAUGGGAAUAUAAUAAUUGCAGGUUCUGAUUCCAAUGUAGUUUUGGGUUACAAUAUAGUUAAUGAUAGCUUUUCUAAUAUUCCUAUUGAAUUGCAUAAGUUAAAGGGAAAAACUUGCCUAGCAACCGAUAGCAGGUGCUAUAUAAUUGAGUAUGGGGCAAAUUAUUAUGAGAGUGGGGUAAAUAAUAUCAAUUCAUGGAAACCUAUUGGAAGUGCAAAUAUGCUCAAUGGCAGCUGGCCUCGUCAUUCUUAUAAUUUAUUUCGGAAUGAAAGCUUUUAUUUUAUUACUACUAAUAUGAAAUUGAUCAAAUUCGAUUUGAAGACAAAUCAUUGCAUUAAAUAAGUGUUCAAGGUCAAAGACAGAGCCAGAAUGGCGAUAUAACGAGCAUUUCCGAUCCAAAAGGUCGGACAUCCUAGAUAAACCGUCUAUUUAACUGGCCAGCUCUUCUUGCCCGGCCCAUUCCGUUGCCUGACUAGGCUCCUGCGUGUGUUCAUCCUAAGAGUCAUCAUUAUAUGAUGUGCUAAGCGGUGAAACCCCAAGCUUUUUGGUUGCAAUGCUGGGCAGUUCCUCUAGUUAUCUCAAAGGUAAAUUGCUGCAGCUGUGCAGAAGCCUCAAAAGAAACCAAACCCCAUUAAUAAAAUUCCAUGAGGGAGAAAAAAUUAGCAGGCUAAUUUCUCUCAAAUCGAAUGCCGUUUUAUUCAUUUAUUUGAACACAAAUCAAUUGAAAUUGCUGAAAAUUUUAUAA